UCAGGUAAGAGGGCCCGGGCUGCAAGGCGGCACACCCAGGGGGGACGCGGAGAGAGCAGGACGCAGCCAUGGAUGCUGCCAGGAGAGGAGGCGCCCAGAGGGUGGUCUGGACCACCAGAUGGCUGCUGCUGCUGCCGCUACUGCUGUGUGAAGGAGCACAGGCCCUGGAGUGCUACAGCUGCGUGCAGAAGGCGGAUGACGGGUGCUCUCCGCACAAGAUGAAGACGGUCAAGUGUGGUCCGGGAGCGGACGUCUGUACCGAGGCGGUGGGGGCGGUGGAGAGCAUCCACGGGCAGUUCUCUGUGGCGGUGCGGGGCUGUGGUUCCGGACUCCAGGGCAAGAACGACCGAGGCCUGGACCUGCACGGGCUCCUGGCCUUCAUUCAGCUACAGCAGUGCCCCGAGGAUCGAUGCAACAACAAACUCAACCUCACCUUGCGAGGCCUCAACCCUGCAGGCAACGAGAGUGCGUAUGAGCCCAAUGGCGCAGAGUGCUUCAGCUGCUUGGGGAAGAGUCACCAGGAGUGCCACGGCACCGUGCCUCAGGUUGUGCACUGCUAUAACGCCAGCGGCCGCGUUUACAAGGGCUGCUUCGAUGGCAACGUCACCUUGACUGCAGCCAAUGUGACUGUGUCCUUACCUGUCCGAGGCUGCGUCCAGGAUGAGUCCUGCACCCGGGAUGGGGUGACAGGUCCAGGAUUCACACUCAGUGGCUCCUGCUGCCAGGGGCCCCGGUGUAACUCUGACCUCCGCAACAAGACUUACUUCUCCCCCCGAAUCCCACCUCUAGUCCUACUGCCCCCUCCAACUACCCUAGCCCCAUCCACUCUCGCCCAGACCUCCUCCAGCACAACCUCCACAGGUUCUCCAACCACGACCACCUCUACCACCAAGCCCAUGUCAGCACCAGCCAACCACACCUUUCCCCAUGAAGUAGACCGUGAAACGAUACAAGAAGAGGAGUCGCGUUUGACUGGAGGUGCUGCGGGUCACCAAGACCGCAGCAAUGUGGUCCCGCCCUCGGCAAAGGGCGGGGCUCAGAUCCCGGCUAAUGAAGGCUCUGUGGUUCUGGGGUCUGGGUUGCCAACUCUCCUGUUGACUGUGGUUGCCGGUGCACUGCUGUGAGCAUCUCACCUUGAAACGUCCAACUCUCCUUGCUUCCCUGGCCCUGGGGUACCAACUCUUUCCGUCUCUCACUGGACUGGACUGGCUCAGUCCCC